AUGAAUAAAAUAACCCUAGCCCAUCAUUACCAUGAUCACAUGUGCCAUUACGUAAACAACAAGCCUCUGAUCCAGGAAGAAUUCCCAUACUUCGACAAAAAAAAGAUGGAUGUCAAUGGUACAGAUGCAGAUAAUGUGAAUACAAAUACAUCAACUGUGGAAAAAGUAAGCAGUUUAAAUUUGUUCAACCGAGUGGACAAAAAUUGCGAUGACCUAAGAAUUAACGAGAAAAUCAAUAAUAUGAACAUAUCCGAUGGUAGAACAAACAAAAUAAAUGUUGACCUAAUCCAAGGGAAUGAGAAUAUUAUGAAUACCAAUUUAUCAAACAGUAGCAGAAAUAAUAGUAUGAACAGUAUGAAUAGUAUAAAAAAAUAUAACUCAAAUAAUAAUACGGUUUAUAAUAAUAAAAAUGGGAUAGGUAAUAAUACUUCAAAUAAUCUCAGCAAGAAUAGCUUUAUCGAGCAAAAUAAAAUUAAUGCAUUGCCUGGUAAGAGGAAAAAGGAUGUUCACAUUAAUGCAGCUAAUAAUAAUGGAGGUAUGACAAAUUACAAAGAAAAUGAAACCACAAAUAAUACCUUUAAUAAAGGAAGUGAUAGCAAUAUCGCAACCAACAUAUGCGAAAAAAACAGUAGAUAUUUUGGAAAUACGAACAAUAAUGAUAGUGGCGCUGGUGCUAACUGUAUUAUACCACUGAACGAGGGAGUGAACUAUUAUGCAGAUGGACGAAAUAACAAAUCACUUCCUAACAUUAGAAGCAGUGCUUAUUGUGAAUUUCAUUACAUGGAUAAUAAUGAUCAUCAUGCUGUAAAUCACGACAAUAUUAAUAAUCAUAUGAACAACAGCGAUAAUAAGAAUAUACACAUGUUGAAUAACCGAAAUUUUGAAAAAAUAGGGGGGGUAAGCCUAGAAGUAGAAGAAAACACUACUUGUGCAAAUGCUUUUAUAAAUAAUUUUAAUGGAGUACAAAAUAGUUUAAGCAAUAAAUUGGAUAUAAAUAGCAUGAAUCUAAUUGUGAAUAAUUCGAAUAAUUUUGAAAAAUAUGAACAGAAACGGCAUAUAUUAUCAUUAGAUAGUAAUACAAGGAGGGAUAUCAAAAGAAAUGGCGAAGAAAUGAAUGAAGAAAAAAAGGGAGAAAUUAAAAAAGGAGAAGAUAGUUUUAUAUCAAAUUGUAGUUUAUCAGAAUAUUAUAGAAAGUCCAAUGUUAAUGUAGAUGUCACUAAUCCCAGCGAUGUGAAGGACAUAAUUGUUGAUGCUCAUAUUUCUUCCGUUCUCUCUGUAUGCAAUAAUGAAAAUACUCGUGAAUACGAAAAGUGCAUUGAGAAUAAUCAUAGCAAGGUUGUCGGAAAGAAGAACUAUGGAAAUAAUGAUGGUAGUGAGAAUGGAUCAAACGAUUGUAACGUUAACAGUAAUGAAGAGCACAAGGAAGAUGUUCUAAAAAUCAACACAAGCUGUAGCCUAAACGAAAAUGAUAAUAACAAUCACAAAAAAAACAAUGUCAAUAGCAACGAUUAUCGAAACGACAAUAGUGGUAUCAAAAACAAUAGAGGAAACAAAAACAAACAUUCCAACAGAAAAAAUGUCAAAAACAAGAAUAAUAGCGCCAACAAAAAUAUAAACAACAAAAGUGAUCAGAAAAUUAUUGCGAAAAACGAUAAAAACGAGACCAGGAUUAAAGACAUACCUACGAACAGUGGAAGUAACACAAAUAUUGCAAACUGUGCAAAUAAUCCGAAUAAGAAAAUUCUGAAAAAUGAUAUAGAAGCGCACCAAAAUAAUCCCCACGCAAAAAGUCACAUGAACAACCUUUCCCUGAAUAAAAAUAAUGUUAGCAACAUAAUAAAUUUGAAUACUCUAAAAAAUUAUGUGAACAAUAAAGGGAAUGCUUUAGACAAUUCUAAUAUGAACAUGUUGGAAAACGAUUGCAUUGGAGAAUAUAUGGAUGAUAUGUUUUUGUUUCACGAAAACGAUAUGGUAUUAGAUGAAAAUUACAUGCUAUUGGAAGAAAAUGAUUAUGGUAUCACCAAGAAUAAAGAAAUGUCUGAGGAAAAGGACUUCACUGGAUUCAACAACACAUUUAAUAUAUUAAAAAAUAACCUGUAUCGCAUUUUCAGUGAUUCAUGUGAUGAGGAGAAUAGUGAUGAAUAUAUGACAGGAAAUUUGAUCAAUGAUAUAGAUAGAAGCAAGGAAAAAUCAAAUGAAAAUAUGAAUUUUUUAAAUAUAAAGAAUGUGCAGAAUGCCAGAGUUACACAGAAGGAUCAUGUGCAUGGAGGAGUUGGACUCAUACAAGGUGAUAUCGCCAAAAAUGAAGUGAUACAGAAUGGUGUUUUGCAGAACGGUAUGAUGAAUUAUUGGGGUCCCGCUCAUCUUUCUUUAUAUGAUGAAGACACAGAAUCAGAAAACAAAUUGGGAAUUAAUAGCAUUCACAGCAUUAACAAUUCAUUAGGAAGCCUCUAUCUUCUAAGCAACACUCCACAUAACAGCAUGCAUAAUGGUCAAUACAUGAACGGCACUGUAGGUAGUACAACGUCAUACGUGAAUGACACAAAGGGAAAUGUAAAUCACAGGAACUACGGAAUAAGUGGUCUGAUAAUUGGCAACAUGGCAAAUGGAUCCGUUACCAAUAAGCUAAAUGGAAGUAGCGUGAACGGAAUGAACGGAAUGAAUAGCGUGCACCAUUCUACUUAUACCUCCAAGAAACAAAAGAAAAACAGUGUGGACAGUAAGGGAGGUAAGAAAUUCGAUAUAAGUUCCCAUCUGAACACCCGAAACAACCGCAACAAUAAUAACUCCGUCAAUGGAAAAGAAAAUUUAGAUUCGCAUAAUUUGAAAAAAGCAGGAAAUGAUAUUAUGUCAAUUGAGAGACCUGUAACACUAAAUAAUUCACAAAUGCUAGAGGCAUUCAUGCAAGGAAGAUUAUGUUUAAGUUGUGAUUCACUUGAUCAUCCAAUGCCAUUGUGCCCGAAUAAUUCAUUUGUUUGUCCGAAUUGUCAUAAUAUUUCUCACAGAGGAAAUGACUGUCCAAUGAAAUGUCGAUUUUGUCUCAAAUAUCAUGUAGGAAUAUCAAUAAUGGAUUGUUUAAAAAAGGCAAGAAUACAAAGUGAAAAAAAUUUAAUGAAUGAAGAAAAAAAUGAAACAAAUAAAACAAAUAAGAAUUUGAAAAAUAAUGAAGAUAGGGUUAAUAUAGGACCAAGAUUUGACAUAAGCACAAGACCUGAUAAUUCAUAUGGUAGAAGUGUAUAUGUGUCAAAUUUGAGCGAAGACAUAACAAAUGUGCAACUGAGAGACACAAUUAAUCAGAACUUGGAUAAUGGAUAUGUAGUAAAUAUUGACCGACAAGAUGGUUAUGCAUUUGUAGAAUUGUCAAAUCUCAAUUCGACAUUUCAAUUGGUACAGAGAUCAAUUAAUAUAAAUUUUAAAAAAUUAAAAAUUCAAUUUAAAAAAACGGGACAAUUUUUAAUACCAGAUAAUUUAUCUAUGAAUCUAAAUAACACACAUGAUUUUAAUUUGAACAAAGGUUCAACACCAGGAAUAGUAGUAGGAAGUUGUAGUUCUGAAACCAUUAUGGAGUCAAAUAAGUUGAAUAAGAACGCCACAAACAGUUCAUCGAGAAAAAACCCAACGAAUGCUAUAUGUAGUAGUAAUAUAACCAGCAUUACCAAUGGGAAUAUUAUGGACACAAAUAACAAGUUGAGACAAAAUGGAAUUAAGAGUGGAAAUAAUAGUUUAAACGAUGUAGCAGUUGUUACACCAAACCUUGUAGGAGAAACGGCCGAUACGAAGGGAAAUAAAUAUUCGUACAAAUCUGGCAACAUGAAACAAUUGAAAUCGCAACAGAUACAGCAAAGAAAGAAUAAGCAAAAGGAAAUUUUUAAGCUUAACAGAGCCAGCCAUAAUAAAAAUAAUUGCGAAGUUGUGGAUAAAAAUUUAAGCGCAAAAACAUUUGUAAGCCAAAAGCAAAACAAAAUUGGAGACGAGAAUAACCAAGAAAAGAGCACACACGUUUAUCACCUUACCGAUGGCUCCUCUGUGGUAGACCAUAGUAGAAAAGGAAAGACAUGCAAGGUGGUUGGAAGCUUGAUUGGAAAUGAAAUUAGUAGCAAACUUGGGAAUAAGCUUGGCAACGAACUUGGACACACAAUUAUGAGCAAUGGAAAACUUCCGCACGAUGGGAAGUCCCCGAAUUUGCCCAAUAACUACCUUUUAAAAGAACACAUUGAUAAUGCAAAGAUUGGGGGAAUAGCCGGAGGGCCAAUACAAAACUACCACAAUUUUAUGUGCAUAAAUAAUGACAAUGCUUUGAGUAAUUAUGUUAAAAAGAACAUGGACACAAAUAGUAUAGCACCACUCCCAGUCCUGUAUAGUAGUAAUAACAAGGAUGCAGAUAAUAUAUUUACAAAUGGUGAUGCUGUGAAUCAUGGAUUAUUGUAUGAUGGAAAUAAAGUACCCACAAAAAAUGUGUUGAACGAAAUGAGUGUAAAUAACCCGGUAAACAAGUACAUGAUAGCAGAGACAAGUAAAACAACAGCAGCAAACACAACCAUUCCAGACAGUAUGCUGAAUACGCAGUUAUUUAAUAACGUGUCUCCUGUGAAGAGAAGUUUGUACAAAUCAGAUGAGAAAAAUAAUGAAUCCUAUUUAGUGGAUACCUGUGUGGUAAGCAGCAGAAAGGGCAUAGAUGAAAACGAAAUAAUGUCCAACAUAAAUGGAGAGAUGACAAGAUGUCUUAACGCUUCUUUGGGAGACAAGAUGUUCAUCAUGAAUGGAAACAUAUCUACAAACGGCUUCAGCGAAAGGGAGGAGAAGGAACAUAAUGACAAUAAGAAUAGUGACAAAACUAUGAAUAGUAGCAACGGUGUAAAUAGUGGCAACAAUAAAAAUACGUCGGAAAGUAGACCAAAUGUAGACUUAAAGUCAAUUGUUGAUAAUGCAAUAGAAAUGAACCAGAGCACGCUAAAUUAUGAUCAGUUCAAUUUUACAAAUGAUUGGGGGAAUGACAAUGACAAUUAUAAUGAUGAUAACGAUAAGGUUGAUAAUGCUUAUAACCUUGAGGGGUCAAAUAUUAUAGGUCCAUACCAGCACUAUGCAAAUUACGCAGGAAUUAGGUGUAGUAAUAACGAAGAGCAGAAAAAAAAAAAUAAUAAUAAUAACAAUAAUAACAGUAAUAACAAUCAUAACAGUAAUAACAAUAAUAACAGUAAUAACAAUCAUAAUAGUAAUAACAACAACAAUAGUAAUAAUAAUAACAAUAGUAAUAAUAAUAACAAUAGUAAUAAUAAUAACAACAAUAAUAAUAAUGAUAAUAAUAACAAUAAUCGAAGUCUUGGACCAUAUGCAAAUUUUGAAACCAAUACAAACAAUGCCAACAUAUGGAAAGAUAGAGAUGGCAGUAUUAACAUUCAUCAUAGUUAUAAGAAACAUUCAUAUAAUAACAUUUGUGACGAUAUGUUUUUUGGGAAUCAUGACAUUUAUGACAUAUUUUCCAGGUUCAAUUCGAUUAACCUUGGUCAUAGCAAUGGCAAUGUCCGGUUUUGCACGGAUCAUCAUAUGGGAGAAAAUGACAAUGAUGUUGCAAACAAUCCUGAAAAUAUUCUUUAUAAUUACCAUCACCACAUAGAGUCAAACGGAAAAAUAAAUACAUGCACAAAUAGUCAAAAUGGGGUGGGGAAGAAAGACGUGGAACAUAAUAUGUCAAAACUUUCAAAUACGUUAAUGGAUGAAGAAAAUAAAAUUAAACUCACAAAUUAUAACUCUGAUAUGAUUCACGAAUUAGACGAUGAUAUGUGUUAUACAAGGGAAGAUUUAGAAUUAUUGGACGAUUCGUAUGUGAACAAUAUGAAAUAUAAAGAGCUUGAUGCAAUUGAAAAGGAUUUGGAGAAGCAUAUUAAAGCACUGUGGAAUAUACGAAAAAUCAAAUUAGUAAAAUCACAUGGUGUUCAGAAUAACGAAUUUGCCUAA